GUCAUUACACAGACAGCAGCCGCAGCCGUCCAUUAUAAAUGGCAAUGCUAUCCUUGGGUAGCCUUGUUGGCUAUGUAUGAAAUAAACCAUGACAAAACUGCCAGGUUCGUGCCUCUCACGGAGUAAAGAAAACUUAAUCUUACAGUGUAGAUAGUGUCAUUUUCUCUUUGGGUGUGGUGCGAGCACAAGAGAAAUGGGUGUUCCCAUUCCAGUGUGGACAAAUGUGGUCUGCAUAGCUCUCCUGGCUAUUGUGUCAAACAGACUAUUAAGUGCUGCUGUUCUAGAUCAACAAAACUAUACAGAACUGGUUCCUGAUGUCACUCCAUGCUGGCAGAUGGAGGAAUUUGAGGUCCUGGGGGAGUGCGCUCCGUGCAAUGCUGUUCAGUCUUGGCGGACUGCCUGUCGUCCCACUGGUUACACUGAAAAGGUCAUUUGUAAGAAGUCCAAUAGAGUUGACUUAAAAAGUUGUCACUCUGCUGUGAGGGAAGAGGGUCUCUUCUGGCGGUUUGAGGCAGUGAUGAUGAGCCUAACGGUUCUCUUCGUGCUGGUGGUUGUGAAGCGCCAGCGUGUGUUGGAUCGUAGAGCAUCAGAGAGGGUUUGGAAACAGAUUCAGUCCUCUUAAAGUCUUACAAGGGUAGAGAAAUACCUAAUGCUAACCCUUACUGAAGGUUUAUUUUGCAUGUGACAUUAUGAGACCAAAAGUUUUUUUUUUUUUCCAUCUCAGACUUAUUGAAUCAUGCAAAUAUGCUACUGACAAGUCUCAUGACCACAGAGUAAAAAACUCACUUGAAACCAGACAUUGAUUCUAUUCUGCACAGAAGGAAUCUAUCAAUCUGACAUAAAAUGUUUUUAUGAAGUAGUAUCCUUAACAUAAGAAUCAUUUUUGUAUUUAUAUUGACACACUGUUUGUACUGAGAGUUGCAAUACUGUAGAAGAGCUCUAUGUUGCUGCAGUUAAAGAAACUUAAAGAUAACCUUCCCUAUUGUGUCUUUGAAUGUUUAUAAAAAAAACGAAGUGUUAAAAAAGCAAAAGACUUUGGGUUUUGUUACUUUGUAGGUCUUUGUUUUUGUGUUGUCUAACAUAGUAUUUUCCUCUCAAAAUUAGGGUGACACUAGGUUCACAAAAGAAAUAUGACAUUAAAAGCAUGUAAGUAAUCUACUGACAGUGAAAUUACUUUGUUUGAGUAAGGCUAGCUGUGAAAUUGUGAAAAUACAAUCCUUGCUCUUUACAAUAAUAAAUCAU